GGAGUAAAGUUAAGUGGAUUGUGAAGGAGAGUUAGAUCGGAUCUCUACUCAGGAAAGGGCUGGACAAACACGUGGUCAUUCUCACAUUUUUAUCUCUCAGUGGGUUAAGAGUAUCGCAUUGCAUAUUUCCUGAGGGAGAAGGACAUCUUGUUUCUGUAGCUCAGGACUGGAGUUUAACAUCGUUUUAAAAUGCAGAAAGGGACGUUUCCUCUCACCACAUCUUCGCGGGUUACUUAUAUGCGACUUACGUUACUCGGAGUUUUUUUCUUGUGCUUCUCACUACUCACAGGUGCAGAAGCUGAAUGUUCCUUUCAGCUCAACCCACAGAGAGUUGUUGUGAGAUACGGCGGUUCUGUUGAAGUUACCUGUAACACUUCAGUCUCGCAUAAAGGGAUGGGAUGGGAAGCCAGUGAGGGAAGAGUGUCCAAAACCAAUGAUAGUCUGAUCACAUGGAGAGUGUCAGAACUGAAAGAAUGGGACAUAAAGCCAUUAUGCUACAUAAAUCCAAACAAAGGUGCACAGUGUCUAGUAAAGCUCCCAGUCACCGUUUACAAGACUCCAGACAGUGUGUCCAUCAGCACUGUGAAUCACACAGGACCAAUGAAAGAGGGACAGCAGUAUGAGCUCCAGUGUGACGUUCAUGAUGUGGCUCCUGUUCAGAAUCUCACUGUCAAAUGGUACAAAGGACAGACUCUGCUGCAUCAAACCAACUUCAGUGACACUGAAAACAAGACUUUAGUGAAUAAAACUGUCACACUCCUGAUCCGUCCAGACAGAGCUGAUGAUGGAGCUCAAUACAGGUGUGAAGCAGAGCUGGAUCUGGGAGCAGAAGGACCUCAACCCCCCCCUAAAAUAAAUUCAUCAGAACCUCUUAAUGUUGAAGUAUACUAUAAACCACAACACUCCAGUUCAACAGAGACCAUCAUUAAAGAUGAUAAGGUCAUGCUAGAUUGUUCAGUGAAGGCAAACCCGGCUCCUGACUACACAUGGUCCUCAGAUCAUCUGAACUUGAACAUCAGCUCCUCAGUGAUCAAGUCCUCAGCACUCAGUCCAGGAAAAUACACGUGCAACGCCACAAACAUCCUGGGAAGUGACAGCAAAGUGUUCAUCCUUAAAUCUACAGAUAUCUCCAUCAGCUUUGUGAAUCACAGUGGAGCAGUGAUAGUGGGCAAGCAGUAUGAGCUCCAGUGCAUCAUUCAGAAUGUGGAUCCAUCUAAGAGUGUUGUUGUGAGAUGGUACAAACUGAGUCAAACCAACUCCACUGAUGCCAACAUGACUUUAGUCAGUAACUCAUCUAAACUCCAGAUCAGUCCAAGCAAAACUGAUGAUGGGGCUCAAUACUGGUGUGAAGUAGAAGGAACUCCACCAGUGUCAUCAGAACGUCUCAACAUUACUGUACAUUAUAUCUCCAUCAGAUUUGUGAAUCACAGUGGAGCAGUGAUAGUGGGCAAACAGUAUGAGCUCCAGUGCAUCAUUCAGAAUGUGGAUCCAUCUAAGAGUGUUGUUGUGAGAUGGUACAAACUGAGUCAAACCAACUCCACUGAUGCCAACACGACUUCAGUCAGUAACUCAUCUAAACUCCAGAUCAGUCCAAGCAAAACUGAUGAUGGAGCUCAAUACUGGUGUGAAGCAGGAACUCCACCAGUGUCAUCAGAACGUCUCAACAUUACUGUACAUUAUAAACCGAUCAUCAAUAAGAUCAAACUGCCCUCCACAGUGCCUGUAUUUCGAGGUUAUCCAGAGGUGCUUGUUUGUGAAGCCGAUGGAAACCCAAAACCAACAAUCAGCUGGAGCCUCGGCGCAUAUGACAAGAAGGACAGUGAAAAACUUAAUAUAACAGAGUCAACACCUGAGAAUGUGUCCUGCACUGCAAACAAUUCUGUUGGCAGUGACAUCGGACAUGUAAAAGUGAUAUUAAAAGAGGAUUAUCUGCCCUUGAUAGCAGGACUUAUUGCAGUCAUUGUGGCCUUCAUCUCAGUCAUCUUCAUCUUCAUCCUCUCGAUCUACUACAAAACAGCAAAGAUGGGCCAUUAUAGCCUGAAGAAUGCCAAGCCUAGUGCACAAAAUGGAAACAUCGCACAGAAUGGAAAACACAACACUAUUCCUAUGAAAAAACUCUCUCAGAGCAGUAUCCUUGCUUAAGUUAUGAUAUCCCUGGGUUUUGUGCAUCUACCGAGACCCAAUGUCCACAAAAUGAUUUUUCAAACUGGAAGUCUCUAGCAAUCUACUUUGUGGCUUUUUUGUCUCUUCAUGGCUUCAUUAUUUAUAUUUUAUGGAGCACCUGUUCAUUCACUCCUCUCCUAGAUCCAGUUUCUAUAAACUGUUAAUUACAUCACAAAAUAACCUUUUUAGUUUUCAACAAUCUAAUGGACCAGAAGAAAAUAUGUGACAAACAGAUGACAAAGAAAUGCUGAAUGUUUUUUAAAUGAAUGGACCUGAUAUCUGCAGUGGAUGUUUUCAGGAAUCUACCAUCUUGAUAUAAGUGAACGUUCAUUAGCUACAAAGUGACAUUGCUUGAUUGAGUAAUACUAGCUUUGUACUUCAUUGAAGGGAAGGCUCUUGUUAAAUUGUGUAACAAGACUGUUCUUCUGUCUCUGGCACAUUGGCCAGUUUGAAUAUUUUUGUUUUUUCAAAGCUAUACAGUAUGUAGAAAUGAGAAAUGAUGUUGUAUUAACAAAGUUCAGGAGGAGCAUGUUCAGAUAAUAAACCCGUUACAGUCAUGGCCAAAAAUAUCGGCACCCUUGGUAGAUUGUUAAUCCUUUUGAUCUUUUAUUUUUUUUAAAUCACAAAAAUUGAACCUUUCAUUAGAUAAUGAGAAUUUAAAAUGGCGGGAUGUAUCAUCAUGAAAUACAUGUUUUUCUCUAAUAAUCAUUGUCCCCAAUUAAAAGCACCCUUUUAUUCAAUACUUUUUGAAACCUCCAUUUGCCAGUCUAACGGCUCUAAAUUUUCUCCUAUAAUGCCUGAUGAGGUUAGAGAACACCUCACAAGAGAUCAGAGACCAUUCCUUCAUCAGAAUCUCUCCAAACCCUUCAGAUUCCCAGCUCCAUGUUGGUGCUUCUCCUCUUCAGUUCUCCACACUCCUUGUCUAUAGGGUUUAGUCCAGAGGACUAGAAUGGCUAUAGCAGAAGCUUGGUUUUGUGCUCAGUGACCCAUUUGUGUGUUGUUUUUGAGGUUUGUGUUCGGGUUAUUGUACAGCUGGGAGAUCUAAACAUGGCCCAUUAAAAGACUUCUAACAGUCAGUCACUUACUGAUUUUUUAUCUGUUGGUAUUUGAUAGAAUCCAUGAUGCCAUAUAUCUAAACAAGAUGUCCAGGACCUCCAGCAGAAAUAUAGGCCCACAACAUUAAAAAUGCAGCUGUAUACAGUAUUUCAUUGUACACAUGGGGUACUUUUUAUCCCUGUGUGCACCAAACCCAUUUUGAUUAUUUGCUGCCAAAAUGCGCAUUUUUUAGUUUCAUCUGACCAUAGAAGCCAGUCACAUUUAAAGUUCCAGUCAUGUUUGAUAUCUGAAUAUGCUGGAGGUUUUUUUUUUGGAUGGGCAAGGACAUUUUUCUUUAAACCUUUCGAAACAACAUGUGGCCAUUUUUUUUAAAGGUUUUCUGACCCCAAGACUCAACUAUUUCCUGCAAUUCUCCAGGUGUGAUCCUUGGAUAGUCUUUAGCCACUCAGACUCUCCUCCUCAGAGUGCAUUAGAACGAUAUAGACACUCGUCCUCUUCCAGGCAGAUUUGUAACAUUUUCUGUUGAUUGGAAAAUCUUAAUUAUUGCCCUGAUGGUGGAAAUGGGAGUUUUCACUGCUCAAGCUCUUUUCUUUAAGCCACUUUACUAAUUUGUGAAUCUCAAUUAUCUUUUGCUGUACAUCAGAAAUAAAUUAUUUUGUGUUUCUCAUUGUGAUGAAUGAUUAGGGGAAUUUAGGCUUUGUUUUCCCUCCUAUUUAUAUUUAUGUGAAGCAGGAAACCAUUGCUGGAUAAUUUCAUGUUCAUAAUCACCCUGGAUUGCUCAAAAUUGUGAACAUGAAUGGGAAUACACUUUAGAGAUAUUUUACCCAUAAGAAUUUCUAGGGGUGCCAAUAAUUGUGUCCAACAUGUAUUUGAGAAAAACAUUUAUUUCAUAAUGACAUUUCCCCCCAUUUUAAAUUAUUAUUAUCCAUUGAAAGGUUAGAUUUUUGUGAUUUUUUUUUUUUAAUUUUAAACGUUUUAAAAACAUUUGGCCAUGACUUUAAGCAUGAUAGUAAAUACAUAUAUAGCCAACUUGUGUUUCAUGACAGAUUUCAGGCCUCUGUCCUCCGCCCCAACACCUCUCUCUCUCCCAGUUUGGGAUAUGGGGAAGUUCUCUGGGAGCUCGGCUCCCUCCAUUCAAACAGCAUGUCAAAUAUACACACUAUUUGCUCAGUUUGAUUAUAUGUAAGCGUGACUUGAAAGAAACCAUGAUUGAGUGUGUUACUAUUCCUCUGGUAAUAUCCACACUUCAGAGGGAGAACAUUUAGCACACGGUGACUGUGAAGAAGUGAAGGCUUGUGUAUGAGGUUUCUAAUGCUGAACCUGUGCGGAAAUAUUUGGAUGAAUUUCUGAAAAUUCUCUCAGGCCUCAUAGUUAUUGUGCUCAACCUGUGCUCAACAUUAAAUAGGAGAGCCAGUUUUAUGGCUCAAGCUGUAUAAUGAUUUAAAAGCAUAAUUUAACCAAAAAUGACAGUUCUGUUUAUCAUUUACUCGCCCUCAUGUUCUUCUAAAGUCUUUUUAUAAAUUCAUCAUAAAGGUAACAAAAGUUUCACAAAACACUUAAAGUCACAUAAGUUUGGAAUGACAUGAGGAUGAAAAAAUGAUGACUGAAUUUGCAUCUUUUUAAUUUAGGCACUGAAUCUAUGUGUUUAAUUUCAAAUUUUUUAUUCAGCGUUUAAUUUUGAAUGUGAUCUCACCCAUAUUCUGGUGGGUUUUAAAUUUUGUGUGGAAUUUAUAUCAUCUGUCCCUUUAAGCACAUGAUAUUUGAAUUUGAUGAUUUGAAUUUGUAAAUGAAUUUGUUUUUUAAAAGAAAUGUAUAAUAAAAGAAAUAUGCUUUUCACAGAA